AUGACUUGGUUUGUUUUUUCUACUGAGAACCUGCUGUGCAAGUGUGUCUGCAUCACUGUCACACUAUGGUGGACUCAUCUCUUGAUCUUUGUCAUUGUGCCAGCUGUUCUUGGAGUUUCCUUUGGCAUGCGCUCAUUUUACAUGAGAUUACUUCUAAACGUAUUCAAGUGGGCAACCCUACGGAUUGAAAUUGGAGCAAAGGAAAAGAAUGAGGAACUGUACAAACCAUAUUGUAAAGGUAUAAUAGCAAAGGAGCCAACGGUGUCCCUGAAGCAUGAGAUGCAAGAGCUCAGGAGCUCUGCCAGCUCAGAGUUUAAGUUGGCAGACAUUCUGUAUUUUAGUCGCAGAGGAGUAGAGAGCAUCGUGGAUGAUGAAGUGACCAAGUGCUUCUCAGCUCAGGAAUUAGAGAGCUGGAAUCUGCUGACUCGAAGCAACUACAAUUUCCGACACAUCAGUGUGAGACUGACGGUGCUGUGGGGGCUAGGGGUCCUGCUCAGAUAUGGCAUCAUGCUGCCUCUCAGGGUAGUGUUGGCUAUUACUGGAAUCAUCCUGCUGAUAGUUUUGACAACACUAGUGGGAUUUUUACCAGAAGGACAACUUCGUUCUAGGCUAAGUGAGAAGGUUCAUUUGAUGUGUUAUCGCAUUUUUGUAAGAGCUCUGACAGCAAUUAUUACCUAUCAUAACCAGGAGAAUAAACCCAGGAAUGGUGGGAUCUGUGUGGCUAAUCACACUACUCCAAUCGAUGUCAUAAUCCUGGCCAAUGAUGGUUGCUACUCAUUGGUUGGGCAGGUGCACGGAGGUUUAAUGGGAAUACUGCAAAAAGCCAUGGUUAAAGCUUCCUCACACAUCUGGUUUGAAAGAUCAGAAGCCAAAGACAGACAUCUAGUGGCCAAAAGACUUGGUGACCAUGUUGUAGACAAAAACAAACUGCCUAUUCUCAUAUUUCCUGAAGGGACUUGCAUAAAUAAUACAUCAGUGAUGAUGUUCAAAAAAGGGAGCUUUGAGGUUGGCUGCACCAUAUAUCCAGUGGCCAUCAAGUAUGACCCUCGCUUUGGGGAUGCUUUCUGGAACAGUAGUAAAUUUGGUAUUGUGAAUUACCUGCUUAGGAUGAUGAGCAGCUGGGCUAUUGUUUGCAGUGUUUGGUACUUGCCUCCUAUGAACAGGGAGGGAGGUGAAAGCGCUGUAGAGUUUGCCAACAGAGUGAAGUCAGCCAUUGCUUCACAGGGUGGUCUAGUAGAUCUUGUAUGGGAUGGAGGAUUAAAACGGGCAAAAGUAAAGGAUGAUUUCAAAAAAGAGCAACAAAAGCUUUACAGCAAAGUUCUUGUGGGUGACCAGGACAUGAGUGAGCAAUACAGAAAGACACUUUCAGAGGAGAAACUGUCAGAAAAGGAAACUUGA